AUGCAGCCCUUCCAAUCGACGGCGCGCCCGGAGGGCCCGCGGGAGUCCUCCCCCGAGAGGGCCAAAUCUCCAGACACCCCUACGGCACCCGUCCUCAACUUCUCCAUAGCGAGAUUAAUGGAACCAGACAGAAAGAAAUCCGUAUCCCCCGAAUUGCCUCCACCGCCGGGCUUCCUCUCCUACGGAGCGCAUCUCUUAGACUCGGCGUUCAAGCAGUACAUUCCAGCAGCGAGGAGACAACUGGUGUCGCACUACCCGCUGUUGUAUUACGGACCGGAUUUAGUGUCUUUAAGCUACGCCCAUCAGUUACAUUUGCCGAGACCGCCGCCGGUACAGUCUCCAGUCCAAAGACCUCCAAGUCCGAGACCACCGGCUGCAGACCAUGCGGUGUCUUCAACGACUGGCCCAACUCCAUCGCCUGCGAAGAACAAAAGCUUUGCGUGCGGUGAUUGCGGCAAAGUGUUCAAUGCCCACUAUAACUUGACAAGGCACAUGCCGGUCCACACGGGAGCUAGACCGUUCGUUUGCAAGAUCUGCGGCAAAGGAUUUCGCCAAGCAUCAACGUUGUGUAGACACAAGAUUAUCCACACUUCGGAAAAACCGCAUAAAUGUCUAACUUGCGGAAAGGCUUUCAACAGAUCAUCGACCCUGAAUACGCAUGCGCGAAUCCAUGCUGGGUACAAACCUUUCGUUUGUGAGUUCUGUGGUAAAGGUUUCCAUCAGAAGGGUAAUUACAAGAACCACAGAUUAACCCACAGUGGAGAAAAAGCCUAUAAAUGCAGCAUCUGUAACAAGGCCUUCCACCAGGUUUACAACCUGACGUUUCACAUGCACACACACAAUGAGCGGAAGCCUUUUACAUGCAGCAUAUGUGCCAAAGGGUUCUGUCGGAAUUUUGAUCUCAAAAAACACACGAGGAAACUGCAUAUGGGCGCUGGGAGUUCUAAUAAUGAUUCGUCUGUGGACACACAAGAUGAGUCCACCCAGGAAGCGACCACGAGUCCCUCUGAAGAAGCAAGUAGAGCCGCCUUCAGGCCCUUUCUGGGAGCGGCAUAUCCGCGGAUCCUAGACCCCGCAAGAUUGACUGCCCCCAAUACGUUUUUCUCGAAGCUUUUGUGA